AUGCCCAGCAGCAACAUCUCCAACCAACAACAACAGCCGCCGCCGCAGCCAGACUACAUCUACCGUCCCGAGGACCCAGAGUAUUCUGAUCAGUUCGGAGCGGAUCGCCAGCCCCUUUCGUCUUCCAACAACGCAAACUCGGGCCUCUCUCAACGAUACCAUCAGCUGUCGACCAACAUGGAGGCCAACGAGGUCAAGACGCUCACGCGCAUGCAGAUCCUCACGCCGCUCUCGGUGCUCUUGCAGAUGGGCGUGAUGAUUCUGUGCGGGUCCAAGCUGAUCAAGCCUAACUUGCAGCAGGUGUCUCGUCGUCACCCAACCUACUUGUCCCCGCAGGACUCGUUUGUGCUGUUCUACUGGGCCAUUCUCUAUGUAUUGCUGAUUGGGUUUUCGGUCUUCUUGCUGCUCAGUCGCACGCCGGAGACCAAAAAGGCGCUCGUACACGGCGUCAGCACCCGCCUCGCCCUCGCCAACUACCUCAUGGUGCUUUGGGUCAUCUUUUGGGUCCUCGACCGCCAUUCGACGUUCAUCCUCGGGACCGCAACGCUUGGCGUUAUCGCGCUGAUCCUCCUCUUCAACGCGCUGAUUUUGGCAGUGCGAUACCCGCCAUCCCCUAAGCACCCGCUCGACUGGCUUUUCAUUCAUGUGCCCAUCAAGAUGUUCCUGGUCAUUACGAUCCAGUACGACCUGUGGCAGCAGCUGUUCCUGGCGCUUGGCUGGGAUUACGGCACUGGUGGCCACAAGGCGCUGCUGCAAAGCCUCUGGUACGCCUUUGGCAUCGUUACGGGUCUGGGUGCUUUUUCGGCUCUGUGGAUCUUCGCCACUGCGGAUCUCACCUGGGCUGCUGCGGGCAUUUAUCUCAACCUCGGCCUGCUGUGGCACAAGCACUUCAGCCUGAUUGGCGGCAGAGACGAUGGCGAGCCGCGUCCCGCUCCGUUGACGGCUGCGAUCAUCUUAAGCAUCUCGCUGCAGGCGGUGGCAUUGCUGGCGGGCAUCGCGUGGAAGAGGGUCAAGGCUCGACAGGAGGGACGCAUCGCUUUGCCCUUAACGCCCGAGGAGGAGGCGGCUGCCUACCGUGCCGAGGCUGAGCGCAGUGCUCGUGCCGCUGCGGCUGCCGGCCCGUCGUCGACUGCGAACGAGGCGGCCCCGGCAGCAGGUGCGCAUCCGACCACUGCCAAGCAGAACAAGAUCGUCGAUGUCGCCGAUGAGGAGGCGGCGGCUGAAUCGAGCGGUGCCACAGUGACCCCGACCAAGGUGACGAGGAAGCUGGGCGGUGCGGGAGGAAGCGCGAACGGCAGCCCGACCAAGAAGAAGUGA